AUAGGAGUAGCCGCUGUCGGUCGCCCCACCCCAUCCCGCCAUCGGGCAACCUCCCGAAUGGGACUUAUCACCUGACUCGGUUCAAACAUGGCUGCGCUGGAAGCUCUAUUGCUUUGGGCACCGGGAGAGGGAGGUGCUCCACGACUGAGAAAAUUGACAAUGUGUUCUGCGUAAUUCAUCUCUUUCUAUCUCCCUGCACUCUGUGCUGGGAAAAUGCAUCAUCCAUUUGGACAAGAGGAAACUGCUUCUCAGAAGCAACUUUUUGGGUUUUUCUGUGAGUGCCUUCGCAGAGGAGAAUGGGAGCUGGCUCAGGCAUGUGUACCUCAGCUACACCAGGCACAAGGGGAUAUCCCAAAAAAGGUGGAAGAUAUUCUUCAGGCGCUGGUGGUGUGUCCAGAUCAGCUGAGAUGUGGACAGGACAUCAACCCUCAAAGAUUAGCCUGGGUCUGGUUUCUUGUACUGGAAAAAUGGUUCUCCCAGGAAAAGAAAUUACUCCCAAGUGUUUUCCGGAGAAAGCUUGAGUUUCUGUUAUUAUCAGAAGAUCUCCAGCGUGAUAUUCCAGAGGACAUCCUCAAGGAGUUAUACGAAGCCUUGGCACAAGAUACAGGAAGCCCUGUGCUUGAUGGAAAUCAGAGGCAGGAGAGCUGGACCCCUCGGCUCAGCUCGGAAGCUGUCUCUGUGCUCUGGGAUCUUCUGAGGCAGGCUCCCCAGCCAGCACAGGCCCUGCUGGAACUCCUGCUUAGCAAGGACGAUGCCACUGGCCUCUGUGGCUGGUCUCUGCAGAAGGCACUGGUGGACCUCAUUCGAAGGGCACUUGGAGCUGUGCAGGGCCCCACCGCUGGGCCCGCUGGUAUAGUUGAUGCCAUCUAUGGAGCCCUGCAGAGUCUACGUUGCCCUGCAGAGCCAUUCGGGGUUGAGCUGCGUCUCCUGUGUGAGGAACUACUGGAGGCCUGCAGGGCUGAAGGGAGUCCCCUGCGGGAGGAGCAGGUGCUCAGCUGCCUGCUACACAAGGCUGGACGGAGCCUGGUAUCCCUGUACGGCCAUACCUAUGCAGAGAAGGCCACAGAAAAGCCAGUGAAGGCCAUACCCUCGGGAAAAGUAUCCCCCGAACAUCUAGAUCCUGAGCAGGCAAUGCUAGCCCUGUUCUCCAAUCCUGACCCAACCCAGGCUUGGAAAUCAGCCUAUUUCUACUGCCUGAGCAACAGCAAGCAUUUCCUCGAGCAGAUCCUGGUGACGGCACUAGCUCUGCUGAAAGAGGAAGACUUCCCAAGUCUUGGCUGCCUACUAGACAGAGAAUUCAGGCCUCUCAGUCGACUGCUUGUGCUCCUGGGCUGGACGCACUGCCAGAGCCUAGCAUCAGCCAAGAGGCUGCUCCAGACACUCCACGGGGUCCAGGACCAAGGCUGUGACAAGCUCCUCAGGGAUGCCUGUGAUGGGCUGUGGGCUCACCUCGAGGUCCUGGAGUGGUGUGUACAGCAGAGCAGCAACCCCAUACCAAAGAGAGAUCUCUUGGGUCAUUUACAUGGUGGAGACAGCCACUCCGUGCUCUACUCUCUCCAUCACCUUACCAACCUUCCAGCCCUAAGGGAGGAAGAUGUUCUCAAGCUCUUACAGAAGGCACCAGCCAAGGACCCCCAGCAAGAGCAUGAUUCAGCUGAAGCCACAGUCCCUGAGCACCUGAGCCAGUGUCAGAACCUGACGCUCUACCAGAGCUUCUGUGCCAUGAAGUAUGCCAUCUAUGCCCUCUGUGUGAACUCACACCAGCACUCCCAGUGCCAGGAAUGCAGAGACAGUCCCUCAGAGGACCCGGCCUUGGCUGCAGAGCCAGCAAAUGAUCCUCUCUCCUCCCCAGGUGCUUCAGAUCUCUUCUCGACAUACCUAGCCAGAUGUCAACAGUAUCUGUGCAGUAUUCCUGACUCUUUAUGCCUGGAACUCCUAGAAAACAUCUUCUCAUUGCUCCUCAUCACCUCUGCCGAUCUUCACCCAGAGCCUCACUUGCCCGAGGACUAUGCUGAGGAUGAUGACAUUGAGGGGAAGGGCCUGUUGGGUUUGAGGUCACCCUCUGAGAGCCCUCAGCACAUAGCACAACCUGAGAGGAAGUCAGAACGGGGUUGCCAGGGAGUCCCCAGGAGCCUUGCUUAUACAAUCCCAAGCUGUCUGAAGACAGAGCCAAAAGACAGUUCCCCAGGGCCCCAUGGGCACAGCUUUUUGGACCUAAAGCACUUUACUAGUGGUAUCAGUGGGUUUCUGGCUGAUGAAUUUGCAAUAGGGGCCUUCCUCAGCCUUCUCCAGGAGCAGCUGGAUAGACUCAGCAGCCACAAUCCCCCUGAGAAGCCAAAGCUGCUAGAAGGCCAGAGCUGCUCGGGAAGCAGAGAUGGAUCUCAGAGCCGCCUGCACCGGUUUUCCAAGGUUCUCUCUGAGGCCCAGUGGAGAUACAAGGUGGUAACAAGCAACCAGGGCUCAGAGGAGCAGCCUUCCCGAAGAUACCAGCCCAUUGCCACAGGGCAUCCAAGUCUCCGCCGGGGGCGUCGGCCAAGAAGGAGCCGGCCAGAUGGCCGGGCCAGAAGUUCCAAUCCAUCCCUGGAAAGUACAAGUAGUGAGCUGAGCACGAGUACUUCAGAGGGAAGUCUGAAUGCUACAUCUGGAAGGAAUGAGCUGGAUGUCCGGUUGCAGCCCCAAUCUCAAAGUUCACUCAUCCCCAUGAUGUUCUCCCCACCUGAGUCACUGCUGGCAUCCUGCAUCCUCCGGGGGAACUUUGCAGAAGCCCACCAGGUGGUGUUCAUGUUCAACCUGAAGUCCUCGCCCAGCUCGGGGGAACUGAUGUUCAUGGAGCGCUACCAGGAGGUGAUCCAGGAGCUGUCCCGGGUAGAGCACAAGAUUGAAAACCAGAACUCAGAUGGCGGUAGCAGCACCAUUCGAAGAACAGGCAGUGGCCGUUCCACGCUACAGGCCAUUGGCAGCGCUGCAGCUGCAGGGAUGGUAUUUUACUCCAUCUCUGAUGUGACUGACAAGCUACUCAGUACCUCUGGAGAACCCAUCCCCACGCUCCAGGAGGACUUUUGGAUAAGCAAUACCCUGGUGGAGGCCACUGCUCCCCUGAGAGAGGUUCUGGAAGACCUCAGUCCCCCUGCCAUGGCUGCAUUUGACCUCGCUUGCUCUCAGUGCCAGCUCUGGAAAACCUGCAAGCAGCUCUUGGAAACAGCCGAACGACGUCUGAACAUUAGCCUUGAGAGCCGGGGUCGACGGCUAGACCACAUCCUCCUCAAUGCAGAUGGCAUUCGAGGUUUUCCAGUUGUUCUUCAACAGAUCAGUAAGAUCCUCAAUUAUUCCCUUACGUCAGCUGGACAAACUAAAUCAGAGAGUGUAGAAGAAAAAGGACUGGGCCCUCCACGGUGCAGCAUUGCUGAGCUGCUUCAGAUGUGCUGGCCCAGCCUCACCGAGGACUGUGUGGCCAGCCAUGCCACCCUCUCGCAGCAGCUGGAUCAGGUCCUCCAGUCGCUGAGAGAGGCACUACAACUGCCAGAGCCCAGGAGUACUCCACUCUCCUCGCUGGUGGAGCAGGCAGCCCAGAAAGCUCCAGAUGCAGAGGCCCACCCUGUGCACAUCCAGACUCAGCUCCUCCAAAAGAACUUGGGCAAACAGACCCCAGCAGGCAGCAGACACACCGACUACAUGGGCACCUUUUUCAGUUACUGCAGCACCAUGGCUGCAGUUCUCCUUCGGAGCUUGAGCUCUGAGCCUGAUCACUUGGAGGUCAAGGUAGGAAAUCCAUUUGUUCUCCUGCAACAGAGCUCUUCCCAACUUGUGUCACACCUCCUGCUUGAGCAACAAGUUCCCCCAGACAGGCUGGCAGCCCUUCUGGCCCGAGAGGGGCUCAGCCUGAGUGUGCCAAAGGUCAUCGUUAACUGCUGCUGUGAGCCUCUUGCCCUUUGCUCUUCCCGGCAAAGCCAGCAAACGUCAUCCCUUCUGACCCACCUGGGUGUCCUGGUCCAGCUACAUACCUCCCACUGCCUGGAGGACCUCCCACUUUCUACACUGAGCUCCCCAAAGCCAACUGGGAAUUCCACAUUGGAGAGAAAGCCCCACUCCUCCCCAAGGGAUUCAUCACUCCCAGCCCUUACAUCCUCUGCCUUGGGCUUCCUUAAGUCCCGCUCAAAGCUGCUGGCCACAGUGGCCUGUCUGGGGGCUUCCCAGGGGCUAAAGCUCACCAAGCCCAGCUUGUCAUGGAAGGAGCUUCGUGGCCGCAGGGAGGUGCCUCUCAGUGCAGAGCAGGUAGCCCAGGAGUGUGAGCACCUCCUAGAACAGUUUCCUAUGCUCAAGGCCUCCCUCCUGGCUGCCUGGGAGCCGCUACGACAGUCCACCGAGCAGGGACAGAGCCUGGCAGUGAGUCUCUGUGGCCGGGCCAGUCUCUCUACUGUCCUCCUGGGCCUACACUCUCCCAGUGCCCUAGAUGUGCUCACCGAAGCCUUCGAGGAAGCCCUGGUGGCCAGAGAUUGGCCCCAAGCCCUUCAGCUCACGGAAGUGUAUGGGCGAGACAUGGAUGACUUGAGCAACAUAAAAGAUGCGGUCCUGAGCUGUGCCACGGCAUGUGACAAAGAAGGUUGGCAGUUCCUGUUCCCUGUGAAGGACGCAUCUCUGCGAAGUCGGCUAACCCUACGGUUUGUGGACAGGUGGCCCCUGGAGUGGUGCUUGGAGAUCCUGGCGUACUGCAUCUCAGACACAACUGUCCAAGAUGGACUAAAGCGUGAGCUACAGAGAAAGCUGGCAGAGCUGCGGAUGUAUCAGAAGAUUCUAGGUUUGCAGGCUACCCCAGUGUGGUGUGACUGGCAGAGCCUGAGGAACUGUUGCAUUGAGGACCCAUCAACUGUCAUGAACAUGAUUCUAGAAGCAAAGGAAUAUGGACUGUGUGAGGAGUGGGGCUGCCUCUACCCAAUUCCAAGAGAGCAUUUAAUCAGCCUACAUCAGAAGCAUCUUCUCCACCUUCUAGAAAGAGGAGAUCAUGAAAAGGCUCUGCAACUCCUGCGAAGAAUUCCUGAUCCCACAAUGUGCCUUGAGGUCACAGAGCAAUCCCUUGACCAGCACCCUAGCUUGGCCGCUUCUCACUUCCUGGCCAACUACCUCACCACGCACUUCUACGGAGAACUGACUGCUGUCCGACGCCGUGAAAUCCAGGCACUGUACAUGGGAUCCAAGGUUCUGCUGACCCUACCUGAGCCACACCGGGCCAGCUACUCCCACUUGUCCUCUAACCCCCUCCUCAUGCUGGAGCAGCUACUCAUGAACAUGAAAGUGGAUUGGGCCACUGUGGCUGUGCAGACUCUGCACCAGCUGCUGGCCGGGCAGGAGAUUGGCUUCACCAUGGAUGACGUUGACUCACUGCUCUCCAGAUAUGCGGCAAAAGCCUUGGACUUCCCAUACUCUCUGAGGGAGAAACGAUCAGCAUUUUCCCUCUCUCCAGAUUCUGUGACUCACCUCCAGGAAAUCAGUCAAGUUUCAGACCUGGAGACCUUGUCUAGAUCCCCGUCGGCAGAGUUUUCUGCCGCUGCUGCAGCUGUUCCUGGUGUCUCCACUACACAUUCCCCCAGUCCAAGGGAGAGGAGCUUCCCAGAGAGUCAGCCCCCACCAGAGUUUGUCCCCCCAGCAGCACCCCCUGGCAGGCAUCAGUGGGUGCCUGAUGAGAGUGCGAGCAUCUGCAUGGUCUGCUGCAGGGAGCGCUUCACCAUGUUCAACAGGCGUCAUCAUUGUCGCCGCUGUGGCCGGCUAGUGUGCAGUGCCUGCUCCACUAAGAAAAUGGUGGUGGAAGGCUGCAGAGAGAGCCCUGCUCGUGCGUGUGAUCAGUGCUAUAGUUACUACAACAAAGAUGUGCCAGAGGAGAGUCCAGGACAACCGGAAGCACCAGACAGCUCCAAGAGUGAAAGUCCUCCAUACUCAGCCGUGGUGAGAGUCCCCAAAGCAGCUGAGGUGGAAUGGAUUUUGGAUCUGAAUGAGGAGGAAAACGAGCUGGUGCGGAGUGAAUUUUACUAUGAGCAGUCCCCCAGCGCCUCCCUGUGCAUUGCCAUCCUGAACCUGCACCGGGACAGCAUUGCCUGUGGCCACCAGCUGAUCGAGCACUGCUGCAGGCUGUCCCAGGGCCUCACCAAUCCCGAGGUGGAUGCAGGGCUGCUCACAGACAUCAUGAAGCAGCUGCUCUUCAGUGCCAAGAUGAUGUUCGUCAAAGCCGGCCGGAGCCAGGACCUCGCUCUUUGUGACAGCUACAUCAGCAAGGUGGAUGUGCUGAAUAUCUUAGUUGCUGCCUCUUAUCGCCACGUGCCACCUCUGGACCAGAUCCUGCAGCCGGCUGCAGUAACCAGGCUAAGGAACCAGCUUUUGGAAGCUGAGUACUACCAACUGGGUGUUGAGAUCUCCACAAAGACUGGCCUCGAUCCCACUGGUGCGUGGCACGCUUGGGGCAUGGCCUGCCUCAAGGCUGGGAACCUCACUGCUGCACGGGAGAAGUUUAGUCGCUGUCUGAAGCCUCCUUUUGACCUCAAUCAGCUGAGUCAUGGCUCAAGACUGGUACAGGAUGUGGUUGAAUACCUGGAGUCCACAGUGAGACCACUCCUAUCCUUGCAAGAUGAUGAUUACUUUGCUACCUUGAAAGAACUGGAAGCUACCCUUCGGACCCAGAGCCUCUCCCUGGAGGUGAUUCCUGAAGGGAGGAUCAUGAACAACACCUCCUACCAAGAAUGCCUCUUCUACCUGCACAACUAUAGCACCAACCUGGCCAUCAUCAGCUUCUACAUGAGGCACAGCUGCCUGCGAGAAGCCUUGCUCCACCUCCUCAACAAGGAGAGUCCUCCAGAAGUCUUCAUAGAAGGCAUUUUCCAGCCAAGCUAUAAAAGUGGGAAGCUACACACUUUGGAGAACUUGCUAGAGUCCAUUGAUCCAACCUUAGAGAGCUGGGGAAAGUAUUUGAUAGCUGCCUGCCAACAUUUACAGAAGAAGAACUACUACCACAUUCUAUACGAGCUGCAGCAGUUUAUGAAGGACCAAGUCCGGGCCGCCAUGACCUGUAUCCGGUUCUUCAGUCACAAAGCGAAGACUUACACGGAACUGGGAGAGAAGCUCUCGUGGCUUCUUAAGGCCAAGGACCACCUGAAGAUCUACCUCCAAGAUACCUCCCGCAGCACCCGAAGGAAGAAAACCACCUUCUUCCAAAAGAAGAUGACUGCAGCUGAUGUAUCAAGUCCCCCGGCUCUAGUCACUCCUGAAGCCCCUCAUGAGGCUCGACUGUGCGUCUCCUGUCAUCAUAGGCACAUGAAUACACUUCAGCUGCAGAUGGAAGUGACCAGGUUCUUACAUCGGUGUGAAAGUGCUGGGACCUCGCAGAUCACCACCUUGCCUCUGCCAACUCUCUUUGGAAAUAACCACAUGAAAAUGGAUGUUGCCUGCAAGGUCAUGCUAGGAGGGAAAAAUGUGGAAGAUGGUUUUGGAAUUGCAUUCCGUGUUCUGCAGGACUUCCAGCUGGACGCCGCCGCCACCUACUGCAGAGCUGCCCGGCAGUUGGUGGAGAGGGAGAAAUACAGCGAAAUACAGCAACUGCUCAAGUGUGUCAGUGAGUCAGGCAUGGCGGCCAAGAGUGAUGGGGACACCAUCCUCCUCAACUGCUUGGAAGCAUUCAAGAGAAUUCCACCCCAGGAGCUAGAGGGCCUGAUUCAGGCGAUACACAGUGAUGACAACAAGGUUCAGGCCUACCUGACAUGUUGCAAACUGCGUUCUGCCUACCUGAUUGCCGUGAAGCAAGAGCACUCACGCGCCACAGUCCUCGUCCAGCAGGUGCAGCAGGCCGCCAAGAGCAGCGGGGACACAGUAGUGCAAGACAUCUGCACACAGUGGCUUCUGACGAGCCACACCCGGGGUGCCCACGGCUCAGGCUCCAGGAAGUGACCAUGGGCAGCGGGGCCUGAAUACUGUGGAACAGGAGAGAUGGAGAUGAUCUCUCCCUCUUUCCUCCUGUGCAGUGGGACUUCCCUGGCUCUGCCCCAGGUCGGAAAGAGCUGGAUUGGACCCUACUUGCCAUCUUGGGCAAGGAUAGGACCUUUCACGCCACGCAAGUGCCAUGUUUCUGUAAAAUUGUGGAAUCUGUAUGUUUGUCUGGAGAUGGCCAGUUCUUUCUACCUCAGAGUGAGUGAGUGUGCGUGCACUCUCCUGUGCACUCAUGUUUACGCCUAAGCAUUUCUGAACAAACAAAACAACCCCCCCACCCCCCACCAAAAAGAGGCACUUUUACUUUAGACUUCUGCCAGUCUGAAAACCUUCCCUGCGUUUUGGUUCUUAACCCGGGUCAUCCUGUUUAUAUGCAGUUCCUUCCGUGUGGAGAUGCUCAGUAGCUCCUCAUAACUAGAAGGGUUUUACAGAGAAUUCUAGAGCAGCACCAAAAGGAUUGCCUCUUAUUUCUUCCUUCUCCUCCCCAAAUUCAGAGAUGGCCUUGGGGCAAGUGCUAAUUGUGGAAUAAAACUGGUCCAUGCAUGUCCUGUCACAAGCACAAGGAGUUACCAGGAAUCUUUGGAAGGUAGUGUGAACAGAAGGAUCCUCAGGUGCCGGCGUCUGAAAACUGGAUUCACACAGUGAGGGGGUCAGAGCCCCACACACCGGCAGGCAGGGCACCGUCACAUCCAUCCCACAGGGAGAGAAAAGUGAACCUCUCCAAACAAGAAUGCAGGAAGGUUGCCGACAAGCACAGAGCUGGCUUCUGCGAAUAUCCCUGCCACAAAGAGAGAACACGGCUCCCUAGUCGAGAGUGAAGAGAGAAAUGGUAGCCACGAUCCUAGGACUAAAAUGGCUAGACUGCCUGUUUGAAUUACAGUCCUAUUUGUGCCCCUUUAAAAUGGUUAGGAAACUGCUUCCUCUUCUCUCCUGCUUCUCCACAGUCUCAGCAGGACCACAAGAUGAAGACGCAGAGAACCAGGGUCAUUGAGAGGGCGGUGCACUUCUUUGUCUUCACAGAGGGAGUCGUGGGUUGGGCCUGUGGAUAAGAGUCAAAACAAAGGGACAAUGAAUAGGUCCCCAUCCAGUUGGUGGAAAACCAGGUGAAGUACUCCUUUCAUACUCCCACACCAGAUGCGAUUUAGAAAGGGUCUUUCAUCCUUAAUGACUUGGAUUUGCAAAUGAGGGCCCUGAGGAAAGCUCUGCAACUCUGAGCCUCCCACCAGCCGGAGCUCAGUCUGAGGAUCUCACAUUUGUUGCUGAGACAAACAGGAACUGGAAGCCAAAGUCAGUAUCUCUGGUGCUUAGACCUAUGGAUUUCUCUCUGAACCAGGUUUUUUGAUAGUAAAAAAACAACUGUUAUGGGCAUCUGUCAAAUUCAGAGCUUUGGUCCUAUAGAGAGGAGAAAGACUCUGCACAGAAAAUAUUAGAUCUCUUUUUGGGAGAAGUUUAACAAGUGAAGUGGUUUUUCCUUCUUUGAGUCAUAGAAUUGUCUGUCUUCCAGGAAAUGUCAUUCCCUGGCAUCUGCUUGCCCUUCAGAGUCUGCCUGUCCUCUUUGCACUGGACAUAAGCACUUUAUAUGAAUGGGUUGCAAAUCGUGCAGCUUUUAAUUUGGCAUGUUAAGACCAGAUUUUUCUGGGGCACCUGGGUGGCUCAGUCAUUAAGCGUCUGCCUUCGGCUCAGGUCAUGAUCCCAGGGUCCUGGGAUCGAGCCCCGCAUCAGGCUCCCUGUUCAGCAGGAAACCUGCUUCUCCCUCUUCUACUCCCCCUGCUUGUGUUCCCUCUCUCACUGUGUCUCUCUCUGUCAAAUAAAUAAAAUCUUUAAAAAAAAAAAAAAAAAAACAGAUUUUUCUGACUUUUUUCCUCUAACUAGUUGAACUAUAAAAUAGGUAACCAUUGACUGGACUAAGAUGAGGCUAAAGGUCUUUGAGCAUCACGCUGUAGUCUCCAGGGAAAAAAAAGUACAUGUUGAAGGGUUGAAUGUUUCACUACAGGCAAGCCACAAUAAAGUGUCUAUCCUACCA